AUGGUGACAAGCGUUGGUAUCACUGGGCAAGGCGCAAUUGGGAAGACGAGACUUGCCGAGGAGGUUUUCAACAGGAUCUUCCGCGUGAUUGUGACCAGCCGAGACAGAGACACCCUCGGGCGCCUCACCUUCAUCCAUGAAGUGGGUCAACUCAAGCACGAGGAUGCAAGGAUGCUUUUCGAGCAGCAUGCCAAACUGGACGCCGGACUGGAUCGAAGCCUGGUGGAAGAGAUUGUGGGCGAAUGCAAGGGCGUACCCCUGGUGCUCGAAAUGGCUGGUUUGAUGCUCCAAGGGAAAAGCGAUGAGCGCGACUGGAGAGGCGCCAAGAGCAAGUUAAGCUCCUAUCCAGAAGUUGUGGACAAGUUGCGCAUCAGCCUGGAGCCGCUGCAUCAAAGAGAGAGGGAAAUCUUUCUCGACAUUUGCUGCUUCUUUGGAGAGGUGAGCAGGGCAAGCGUUUGCUGGAUCUGGGAAGCCAUGGAAGACGUCGAGGAGAGCAUGAUGAACCAUGAUAUCAAAGUCUUGUUGACAAGCACUUACUGCGGCUGGAAAGCUUGA